CUCCCUUGCUCCUCAACCCAACCCAAUCCCGAUUCGAUUCAGUUCAGAGACGAAUCCCCUCCUACAUCGCCGCUGCGGCCAUGAACCCCUUCUGCGAGAUUGCCGUGGAGGAGGCGCUGCGGCUCUGCGAGGCCGGCGCCGCCUCCGAGGUCGUCGCCGCCACUGUCGGUCCCGCGCAGGCCGCCGACACGCUCCGCACCGCACUCGCCAUGGGCGCCGACCGCGCCGUCCACGUCCUCCAUGACCCCGACCCCGACCCAGCCCGCCCGCUCCUCCCGCUUGCCGUCGCCAAGAUCAUCCGCGCCCUCACGCUCCAGGAGACCCCCGGCCUCCUCAUCCUCGACAAGCAGAGUGCUCCCUCCAGGUGAAGUCGCCCACCGCAGUGCCAAGGGAUUCGUCUCCGAGGACGAGUUCCUCUCCAUCCCGGAGUUCUCCACCAACCGCUCUCCAAGAGGUUGCUACGUAUGGUUGAUGGAUUGAACUUCAAGGAAUUUGUUUCUUUUCUCUCUACCUUCAGCGCAAGGGCCAGCCUUCAGCAAAAGAUUGAGUGUAAUGCUCAUCAUGUUUCUUUUCCUCUUUUUGUUGUCUAUCUUGAAAGGAGUGUAUGUUGGUUUGGGUCUCUCUGAUCCUUAUGAUGACUACUAAUUUGUUGGUCCGGUGUUGAUCUGGUUUGUGUUUCAUUGCGUAGUGAUAUUUAAGGUGUAUGACAUUGAUGGCAAGGGGAAAGUAUCCUUCAAGGACCUGGUAGAGAUUUUACGAGACCUAACAGGCUCAUCCAUGUUAGAGAAACAAAGAGAGGUUCUGAUUUGAUCCAAUCCUAUAUUUCAUUGCAUAGUACUACAUUCACUUGCAAGUACACUUGGUAAAUCAACAAGAACAAAUGUGGCUCUUUCCUUGUUUCCUUUUCAAAUAAUUAGUACCAUGCCAUCAUAAACACAUCAAGUGUGCAUAACUUGUUUCCAAAGUGAAGGGAACCCUGACACUAAAUUGUAGGUUUCUUCAUUGCAGUAAAUGUUCAGAGUAGCAUGCUUCGUAGUGCAAAUUCCUAUGUUGAUAUUUACUACUACCUCUGUUCGUAAAUAUAAGACUUUUAUUUACGAACAGGGGAGCAUUAGCUAGAAAAUAUAGCCUUGUGUGGAACCAAUCCUUGUGUAUCUAAGAGCUAAACAAACAUGCCAUACAAGGAAAUGGAAGGCUUGUGUAGUUUCAACUGUUCGUUGCCAAUGAUUAAUCAUCUUGUUUGUUUUUUGGCUGCAUCUGACAUACAUUCUUAUGCCUGUUUA